AGGUAAAAGGAUAAGCUGAAUGAAAUCAGUGCGUAGUGCGUCUCUUCGGAAAUAUCCAAUAUCAUUUUCCUGUGUAUCGGCCGCGUGACAAUCAGUCUUGCAACUGCGCGUGUUCGCAAUUCUGUGCGCACUGCUCUUCUGCUUUUGGUAUGAGCUGCUCCAGGCCUUCCUUUGUGCCGAGCCAGCGAACUGCAAAGCUGGACGUCGACAUCGGCUCUCUGUCUUACUACAGAUACAACCGUGUUUUGUACAGUUCCAAUUACAUGAGGUUUUUCGUGUUCGCUGCUUUCAUCUUCAAGCGCUAUUACGCUUUCGGAUUCGACGAGUGACCCUGCGAUAGGUCGACGCGUUUGCUACGGCCGGCUCCCUGUCUAGGCUGGGAAUGAAAAAGGCUGUAGCAUAUUCGCCCGUGUAUGUUGCGGCCUGCCGGAUCCGGAUGGAGAAAUGGCAGGCCAAACGCAUAGUUUCCUCUCUACGCGGAAACCUGAGCCUGACACGUUUUGCCCGUUAGGGGGAAGCGCAGUUCUCAGGUCCGCAAGAUCAUACUCUUUUUACAGUUAGGAUCGGACUUUCAGCAUGACAUGUGAUCGUGUAAACUCAGGAGAAACGUUGGUAGACAGUCCUGUCUGGCAAAAUGGGACUCCUUAAAGGCUCUCGAGGUCACCGAACCUUCCUCCCGCUAUCGGCCGCCCGAAUUGCUCAUCGACUGCCUGUCCUUGAAUUGAGCGGAGUGGAAGAUAGCCGAGGGCGAGCCACGGCACGAAAUGUUACCAAAACGGGGGGAAGUCGUGCCAUAGACAGAGUAUCUUGCAUGCAUAUGGUAUGCAUCAGUUUUACCGUUUGCGUGUGGUAUACUUCCAGCCUGAUCCUCACGGCGGCAAAUAAAUUCAUGUUCGAUACUCUGCAGAUGCCGCUUCCUUUAUCCGUCACCUUCCUUCACUUCUCGUUCACCUCGCUCAUUCUGCGCCUCUGCUUUUGCGCCUUUCCUAGUCUUCUUCCACCCAUGCCUUCUUUACCUCUGUCGGCGCUCCUUUCUGUGGUCGCACCGAUGGCCAUUCUAGCGGCAGCCGACGUUGCGCUAACUAACUUCUCGUAUCAUUUGAUUCCCAUCAGCACGCUUACUCUCAUCAAGUCCUCUCUUGUCUUUUUCACCUACCUUCUGUCAAUCGCAUAUGGCUUGGAACGGUUCAGCUUGAACACAUUUGCGACCAUGGUGGUCAUAAUGGGGAGCAUCUGUAUUACGGUCCCCAAGAUGGAAGUGAAGAAAUAUUUCGGGGUUGCUGUAGCCUUCGGAGCCGUCAUCGUUGGUGCCCUGAGAUGGGUACUGGUACAUCGGGCCUUCAAGCGCUACCCGAGUCUCUCAAUCAUACAGCUUUUACUUCUCAUGCAGCCCUUGGCAAGCAUCGCUCUUUCUCCUUUAGUCGUCUUCUAUGAAGUUCCUGCAUUCCUAGGUUCUCUAGCAGAUGAUUUUGACCCUUCAAAACUGUUCGCAGCCGCUGUCGUGACGGCGUCAGGCGUCGUGGUUGCGGUUGCAGUUGUUUUUUCUGAGUUUCGGCUUGUGGGUCUAACGUCGUCGGUAUCGCUCUGCGUGGCAGGUGUGGGGAAAGAGGUGUUGACGAUCCUGAUGUCAGUGGUGAUUUUCGGCGAAGUCUUGUCACCGAUGGUCCUUCUCGGAACACUGUCGUCGAUAGCGGGAAUACUUUUCUAUUGUUGGCUGAGGUACAAAGAAUCCUCUUCAGGAGCUCGACGGACUCGCGAGACAAGACAGUGUGCUGUAAAAGAGGUUGAAGAAACUCAACAGAUAAUGGAGAAUCAAUAA